UACCAUCGUUAACUCAAUCAAACCACAAAGGGUUCAGUUCCUCUGCCGCCGUGUAACACCAAUGGGCAAAUCAACCAACAAAACGCCGGUGAAAUCCUCAUUAUUCGAGAAGCUUCUACGCCGCCGUGUACAGGAAACCUAUGGCAGCUCAACUCCACCCAUCGACGACCUCAUCGACAGCCUUCGCGCCAAAUACCCCGAAUACGGCCGUCACAAGUCCCAACUCUUCACCAGAAUGGUCAAACAAACCCUAGAUUAUAACAACACCAACAAAGAUAAACGAAAAUCAACCAGAAAUGAUGUCGAAUAUGACGAUGACAUGACGUCACCGUCGCCACGGAGUCCGGUGAGCAAGAAAGUGAAGAAAGUUGAUAGUAGAGAAGAGAGGUUACAGUUGUUGGAAAUAGAACACGUUGCGAGAAGACGAGUUGAGUCCGCUGACUCGGACGAGUCAGACUCGUCCGAGUCAUCGGAAUCGGAAGAGGAUAAAAGUGCGGUUUCGACGUCUGAUGAGGAUGCGGUUUACAGUUUAAAGUUUGAGCCGGAGUUUGAUUUAACGAAAUCGAUGCUUCGAAACAAAUAUAACACAUCGAAAAGCAAUGGGAAAACGAAGAAGAAUGUGGAGUUAGAGGUGGUUACUAAUAGCAGCAGUAAAGAGAACAAAAAGGUUGAUAUGGUGAAGGAAGGCAGGACUAGUAAGUUAGGGCGGAAAUCGAAUGAUUCGGGUGGUUCGGGUAUGGAUGAUGGUGGGAAUGGGAAAGAUGAUGGGCCAAGGUUUAAGGAUCUUGGUGGGAUGGAUGGUGUGUUGGAUGAGUUGAAGAUGGAGGUGAUUGUUCCUUUGUAUCAUCCGGAGCUGCCGAGGAGGCUUGGAGUGAGGCCGAUGAGCGGGAUUUUGUUGCACGGGCCGCCUGGGUGUGGGAAGACUAAACUGGCUCAUGCCAUUGCUAAUGAGACUGGAGUUCCGUUUUAUAAGAUUUCGGCUACUGAAUUGGUGUCUGGGAUUUCAGGUGCAUCAGAAGAGAAUAUACGAGAUCUGUUUUCAAAAGCAUACAGAACCGCACCAUCUAUAGUUUUCAUAGACGAGAUUGAUGCAAUCGCUUCAAAACGAGAAAACCUGCAAAGGGAGAUGGAAAGACGUAUCGUCACACAAUUAAUGACUUGUAUGGAUGAAUCUCACAGGGUCUCUAAACCCGACGGCACUUCAAAAAACACAGAAACACCAAACGAUAAACCAGGCUAUGUUCUAGUGAUCGGUGCUACUAACAGACCUGAUGCUGUUGACCCAGCGUUAAGAAGGCCGGGACGUUUUGACCGUGAGAUAUCUUUAGGUGUUCCGGAUGAAAAUGCUAGAAUCAAGAUUCUUACUGUGCUUACACGAAGUUUAAAACUUGAAGGCGCUUUUGAUCUGGUUAAAAUUUCUAGGGCAACUCCAGGUUUUGUUGGAGCUGAUCUGGCGGCUUUGGUGAACAAAGCUGGUAAUCUUGCGAUGAAGAGAAUUAUCGAUGGAAGAAAGUUGGAACUUUCUACGGAAAGUACCGACGCUGAACAAAAUGAAGACUGGUGGAGGAAGGGAUGGACUCCUGAAGAGAUGGACAAAUUAAGCAUCACGAUGUCGGAUUUUGAGGUAGCCGCCAAAAUGGUUCAACCGUCUUCUAGAAGAGAAGGAUUUUCAAGCAUUCCAAAUGUUAAAUGGGGAGACGUUGGAGGUCUUGAUUUAUUGAGAAGGGAGUUUGAUCGUUACAUAGUUAGACGUAUAAAGUAUCCUAAUGAGUAUGAGGAAUAUGGAGUUGAUUUGGAGACCGGGUUUUUGCUUUAUGGACCUCCUGGUUGUGGAAAAACAUUGAUUGCCAAAGCUGUCGCUAAUGAAGCAGGAGCAAAUUUUAUACACAUCAAGGGUCCGGAGCUUCUAAACAAAUAUGUUGGUGAGAGUGAGUUGGCGGUGCGGACUAUAUUUAGUCGUGCAAGGACAUGUUCUCCAUGCAUAUUAUUCUUUGAUGAGGUAGAUGCUCUGACAACCAAGCGUGGAAGGGAAGGGGGUUGGGUUGUUGAGCGGCUUUUGAAUCAAUUACUGAUAGAGCUAGACGGGGCUGAUCAACGCAAGGGUGUUUACAUAAUCGGAGCUACCAACAGACCAGAGGUGAUGGACCAAGCAGUGUUACGACCCGGAAGGUUUGGGAAACUUAUGUAUGUCCCUCUACCAAAUCAAGACGAGCGUGGGUUGAUCUUAAAAGCUCUUUCUAGAAACAAGCCAUUAGAUGAUGAUGUGGACUUGAUCGCUGUUGCACGGAGCGAGGCUUGUGCAAAUUUAAGUGGAGCUGAUCUUUCUGCAUUGAUGAAUGAAGCUGCCAUGGCUGCUGUUGAAGAAAAAUUUAGUAGAAUUGAAGCGGCUUCUAAUGAAGGGACAUCAUCAGAAAGCUACGUAGGCGGCAUGCCACACACUAUUAAAGCUGUUCAUUUUCAGCAAGCAUUGGAAAAAAUCUCGCCUUCCGUUUCUGAUAAGCAAAAACAAUAUUACCAACGACUAUCAGAGAGCUUUAAAGCAUCAUGAAUUUGGAGUAUGGUUUUGCUGCACGUUGGUUAUUUAUUGAAGGUACUGCUGACAUACGUACUUAUAGUUCAGACACUUGUCUCGUUUUAAAACAAGCUACACCUCCCUUGAUGAUGUCAAAGGGUGGUAUUCAUUUUUGUUUCGUAAGAUUGAUAGAAGAGAAAUUUUGGUAAUCUGCUGGUUUUAGUGAAACUUCGAGUUUGGGCAUCAAUUUUAGAAGGUUUUUUUUUUUUGGUAUGAAGGUUUGCUUGUCCAAGUUUAAGCUCGGUUUAUCUAAUUAAAAGAGCCUGAGCUAUGAAGUUUGAGCUCUAAUUUGUAUAAUUUAACUCGUUAUUUUUUA